AUUAAAGGUAUUAUAACAAAGUAAAGACUUCAUCCUACUACGCAUUAAUUUGCAUAUGUUGACCAUGUAUACACAUCUCCCUUGGGUUUUAAAGAGACAAGUCAUCUUGUGCCUUUUUUAUGUGCAGCCAUAAACAGGGGACGUAUGACCACCUCAUUACCUCAGCAGUAAAACUGCGAUGCGGAGCAAGCGGUGUCAGAGUCCAAAGACGGCUGCACCAACUCCCCCUGUGCGAGAGAUGCGUGUCUUGUGGUUUGAUUUUAGCCUCCAGCCUGGGACAGCUAAGAAACUGUGCGAGGGGUGUCGAACCUACGGCUUUGACGCGGGGGUAAGAAAACCAAAACAAACAUGCCCUCGGGGAAGACGGUCAAGCUGGUCGUCUUUGAGGCGCUGCAGUUCGCAGCCAUCUGUGCGCCGCUCUUCGUGGUCAUGGAGCGGUUCGCCGGCCUCAUGCGUGACCUGAACGGUGGGAACGACCGGACCGCGUACUGGCUGGUGGUGGCCGUGUCCAUCGCCUACGUCACCUCCGUGACCCUUCUGGUGUGGGCUCCGCUGAAGUACCUGAUCCUGAGGCGUCGCAGGUUCAUCACCAAAAUCAAACAAUGGAGACCCGCAGCAUUGGCCUAUGUCAUACUGUGUCCAUUACCGUGUUUCGCUCUGCUGAUAGCCGCCUCCAAGGUACAGGUGGACGCCGGACAGAUACUAGAUCAUUUCACCGAGCUGCCCGUUUCCUUGGUGCUCCUCUGCCUCAUCUGUGUGGAUGUCGUCGAGAGGAUUCGCCCCUGUAGCCUCACAGGGAAAGCUGGCAGCAGUCCGGGCGCAGACUUCGACAUGCGGGGGCCCGUCCUCACCCACCUGGGGCAGGUGACCACCGUGACGGGCCAGCUCCCCCACCACCAGCCCCACCCCGACAUCCCCGACACCAUCAGCCAGAACGGCUCUGACACCCGCCGGCACUCGACGCCCGUCCGGACCUACCUGUACGCGCCGAGCCCCUGCCCGGGCCCGCUCCGCUUCCUGUGGUCCAGCGACCCGAGGUCCGAGGCGUUCGCCGACAGCUUCCUGUUCUGGCUGGACACGGCGGAGAUGCUUCGGGUGGCGGCGGAGCCCCGCGUCUUCUACUCGGCCUGGGCCAUCCCCGUCUUCGUCCUGGCCUUCCUGUCCACCCUGCGGCUGGCCGUGGACCCCAGGAACCCCCUGGGGACCUGGGCUGGGCUGGUGCUGCAGGACUUCCCCUUCCUGGUGCUGCGCCUUGCCCUGCUGGGCGCGGUGGAUGCGUACGUGACGCCCGUGCUGUACGUGGUGAAGAACCUGCUGGUCUGCCUGAGCUACGUGUACUUCACCUUCCUGACCAGGCUCUUGAAGAGACGCAGCAUGUUCUGAGGUUCAGGACGAAGAGCCAACGACGAUUCAGUGACUGUGUGUGUGUGUGUGUGUGUGUGUAUGUUGUGUGUGUGUGUGCGCACGUGUGCAUGCGUGUCCCUGGGCUUUGCAAAGCUGAUGAGUGACUAGUUAACCAAACAAUGUAAUUCACAUCCCCCUGAUUUCUAUCAAAGGGAGCGGAUAAGGCAGCACCAUGCGAGAUUUAAACCACAAAAGUGUUGUUUUAUUGACGAUGGAAUUACGUUUUAUUUCUUUAUUUUUGCCCCAAUUUACUUUGAUGCUUUAUUCUUAUUUUCCCCCAUUGGAGUUUGUAUUUUUUUUGUAACUAUUGUGUUUUCAUUAAUGUGGAUAU